AACCAAGUUCCCGGAAUGAUGGGUGCAAAUCGUGGACGCUUCGAUGAACAAGAUAUGAGAUCUCAUUUUAACAAUCGCAUUCAGAGUAUAUUGGAUAAAGUUGAUGGUGUACAUAUCAAGGUCUGCCCCCCAAGCCAGGGAGAAACAAUCGAAAAGAGUACUGUGCCUUUUGCUGAUCUGUUAGCCAACGCUCUUAGUGAAUACGAAUCGUCUUUAUAAAAGCCUGAGUCAUUUGAUUGAAUAGGUUUUUUGUUCCCUCUACAUUGUUCU